CUUUGGGCACUCCACUCCAACCAAGCACGUAUGCAGGCAUGGCAUGUACCCCCACGCCACACACGCACGUGCACACGCGUUGUCCGUAAGACCCGGGAUGGAUGUUGGAAAAAGAGAAGAGCCCUCAGUCAGCCAUUCGGUCGGUCCGGUCCGGUCCGUGCAGUCAGUCUGUCUGCCUGUCUGUCAUUCUGUCACACACAUCGUGUGGGUCGAGAAAGCUGCUUGUACGUCUGUCUGACUGCCUGCCAGCCUGCGUCACCCAUGCGCCUACCGACUUCUGUGACCACUCCUGUCCGUCUGUCUGUCUGUCUGCCUGUCUUGUGUAUCUAUCAUACCAGCCACAUCAGUCCAACCCCUCUCUGCCUCCCUGUCUGCCUCUCAUGCAUGGAGCUAGAUGGCAUGGAGCGUAUCGUAUCGAAUCAGCAACACACAGCACGACAGCACGACAGCACGGCACAGCGUCUCCGGCUGUCUGUAUGUCUGUCUGUCUGGCUGCCAUGGGGCCGGCCACACACACGAGUACCAUGGCAGCCACACACACGAGUACACGUGAGCUCCCGAGUGAGUGAAGACACACAUGCCUCCCUCUCUGGAUGCAGUAGGUAGAUGUGAGCCGAUCACAUGACGCCGUCUGCCCGCCCGCCGCCUGCCUGAUGGAUGUAUGUGCGGUGCGUGCGCCUCCAGCCAGCUGGGCUGGUGGCGGCUGGCCGGGCCUCGGUUGUUACAGGGAAGGAAGGAAGGAAAGACACCUGCCUGCUUGCCUCCUCUCCGCCCACUCACUUAAUCUCGCCCCCUGCACCACAUCAAGCGAAUAAGACGGCAGACAAGACGAGCGGCGUGGCCUGGCCUGUCGUGUCAUGGAGCCCUUGCACCUACCUGUCCAGGGUGGCGGCCACUGGAAAUCCGGGUUGGGCACAAACUCAUCUACACGUCAGUCAGUCAACACACAGACAGACGGACAGCCGCAAACGAUGUCGAUCAGUCUCGCUAUCUAUGGGGUUGGUUGCUGGAUGCAUGGAUGGAUGGAUGGGUGGCGUACCUUGGACCCAUGUGUACGAGAUGAGGUGUGUUUUGGUCCACUGUUUGGCCUUGAGGCGGUUGUCGGGCGACACCUUCUCCACCCAGUCGCGAUACAUGUCGUUGGUCACAAUGCAGCCGUCGUGACGCUGCGCAUACUGAACACAAACACAGACACACAGACAUACAAGACAGACAUUCAGUGGAGUGGAUGGAGAAUCAGUGGCAGCAGAGGGUUGCGUACGCCGAUGCAGUACGAGUCGUCGUAGUCUUGCGGAGGAGUCACCACCACAGAACCUGCAGAAUCACAAUACAUGACGUCUCGUCUCGUCUUGCCCUCCCACAGAUCGGAUGCACCGACACACCAGCCCCCCCACCUACGCCCUGUCUGUCACAUACCUUUCUCGAUAAGUUGCUGCAGCAGUUUGACGUCAUCGGGCACCUUUGAGGCGCUGCCCAUGCCCAUGGCCACCAGCCGCUUGGCCUCCCCCACCUCCUUGAACUUGGAGAGGUACUCGGGCAGGAAGGCCACCACACGGUGGCCCUGACCCUGGAAAUGCUCUAUCACUAUCUGCAGACCCCGCACCGAAAACUUCUUCUGCGUCACACCGCCGUGACGCAUCGCUAUGUUGGACGCUGUACACACACACACACACACAGAUGAGUGCACGGUUUCCCUGUCUGUCUGUCUGUCUGCAUGGCCCACUCACCGUCGAGAACGAUCAGAGGUGCCACUUCCCUGCUGCUGGUGGAUGGGGGCGGGGGAGGUGGCUGGGGCGCGCGCAUGACAGACACGACAGGUGAGCCAGGGGCAUGCACCAGCACCACAUCAUUGACGCCCUGCGCAAAUGGGUUGCGCGAGAAGGGCUGAGGGGACGGCACCGCUGGCUGCGGGGCAGGGGGCACCGGCUGCUGCUGAUGCUGCUGCUGGAGUUGCAAUGGGGGAAAGUGGGGCAGCAUAGGGCCGCCGGGAUGGCCUCCCCUCGCUGCAGCCAUCUGGUGGUGCGGUGAGAAAUAGGUGAAGCUAGACCCCCGGCCUCCUCCCCCUCCCCUGCCGGCCCCCUUCCCUCUGGCCUGCUGUUUGUGUGGUGCCCGCUUCUGCUUGGGCCGGCCCCCUCUUGGCUGGUGGCCCAGGCCUCGCCCCCGCGGCCGCAUUGGGUACAUGGGCGAGUGCGGCUGGGGGUAGUAGGACCUCUUGCCUUGCCGCAGCUGCGGCAUGUCCACUUCAGGGAGGUCGGCGGCCAGGGCGUAGAGGCGCAUGAUGCGGACGUCCUGCGCCUGGUCUUUCUCGACCAUCUCGUUGAGGCCAGGGUGGAUCGGGUGGGAGGGCACCACCUUGUGCCAGUACUUGCGGCCGAAGAAGAAGCGGCCCAUCUUGCUGCUGCUGCUGCCGGUGGUGGUGGUGGGUGUGUCCUCGUCUGACGCCUCGCCCCCCGCAUCGACAUCGUCCGUUUCCUCCUCUUCUCCCUCCUCGUCGUGUGCAUCACCACUCUCCUCCUCGUCAAUGUCGUCAUGCCCAUUGUCGUCAGGAGGGGUCUCAGAGUCGAAGACAGACGACACCACGGCGUUGGCCAUUGCACGGCCGGCCAAGUCCUCGGGGCUGCCGAACCCCUCUUCAUCUUCCUCCUCAUGGCCGUGCCCGCCGGCCCCGCCGCCAGCCUGCGCCGCUUCGUUGACGAACAGCAGGGGGUUCAUGGCGGUCGGCAUCGAUGUCGGCGACGCAUCACCCUCACCCUCACCGGCAGCCGUCGACGGGUGCUCGCCGCCGCCGUUAGCUGCCGGAAGCUCCUCCUGCGGCAGCGUUUCUGGGGCUGGGAGUGGUGGUGGUGGCGCGGCCUGCUGUUGUGGUUUCUUCCAAAUCAUGAUCUCCCCGCCAUCGCUGUCGUCAUCCAACUCAUCCUCAUAGUCGCACCAGCGCCGAGAUGACGAUGCCGGGCUGGGACCAGAGCUGGCCGCCUCGCCACCACCGCCAUCAGUCGCCCCAAUGGCGGCAUCGAAACCCGGCGGCAGCGUGGGGACGGGCUGCUCAUCGCUUGCACCAGCGGCAGCAGCAGCGGGUGUGACAGGCUUCAACGGCGGCGAGAGAUCGGCGUCACUCGGGAUGGCUUGUUGAUCGUCUUGCGGGGGCGGGGGAGGUGGUGCUGGUGGUGCUGGUGGUGGCGAAGUGUCGAAUGCGUCGUCCCAGUCCCAGGCGCCUGGGGGCAUGUAGGGCGGGAAGGGCACCAGGCCAAUCAACAGACGGUCCUCCGGGAGCCAACCGGUGGUCAACAGAGACUCUAAUGGACACACACAGACACACACAGACAGACAGACAGACACAAAUAACAAUGCUAUGGAGAGGCCUUGGCUCCCUCCAUAUGUUAGGCGUGUCUACCAGGCUGUUGGUGUGUUUGCCGCAGUGUCUUGGAGACGGCCAUCGCCCGCUGUGCGACGAUCUCACGCAGACGCACCACAUCCCGACGCACUGACGUAAACAGCUCUGAACGCAUUUACACACAGCCACAGCCACACAGCCACACACACACACACACACAAACAAAAGAAAGAGGGAGAUUCGCAUUAGUUGUGCUGUGCUGUGUGUGGGUCAUCUCGUCCUACCCGGGUUGCAUCUGAGCCAGUAGAGUCCGAGGACGCAUGGCUGCACAGCGGGCGAAGAGGGCGACGUCAGCGACUCAAAUAUCACACCCAAAGACCGCACCAGCAGCUGCGUCCACACCAUGACAGACACUGGUGCCAUGCCAACCCCCGUCGCGUGUCUGUCGCGUUGCUCCAUACCGUUAGGGCGUGAGACGCACAGUCAUUCCGCUCCAAGUGCUGCUCGGUGAUCGGCAGAGCUGCACAAGGGCAUUGAUUACAACAUCUGUGCAGCUAGCUCCAUCUCCCUCACUGUGUGUGGGGCUUCGUUCGCUUCGCUUACAGGUGCACAGUUCAAGAGGCAGCUCGCUGUAGAUGUCCCUGACAGUCUUGGCGGGUGCCUCUGCGCCACCGGUCACCUCAGGGGCGCCCUCACCGUGGCCAUUCUCCAGCUGCUGCUGCGAUUGGGUGGCCUUGGCCUUAUCCCCGCGGAGCUGCUCCUUCUCAACCACCUCAACUGAAGACGGAUACACACAGAAAGGCAGAGGACUUGGUUCGUUGGUUGAUCUCGUUCUCCCCCUCUGACUGAAACCCACCUUGUCUGGCCUUUUCGUGCAGGCCUUUGGCCACGCCACUCGCGUGCACAAGGGCAGAGAUGUUCAUGCCAACCACUGCACACACACAAAGGGGAUAAGGCGACGUGCACCGCUGUAGCUGUUGUGUGUAGCUGUUGUGUGUGGGUGUAUGUCUGACCGUGAAGGAGCAUCAGGGCGUUGAGAGGAGCCUCCUGCUUGCCGAUGAGGGCCCGCCGGAGGCUCUCGAUGCACGGCUCCAGGUGCUCGGCGAACCGCUCCAAAGACAUCUUCUCAUACAACAUCAUGUGCAGACGGAAAAACCUGAACUCCACAACACCAUGCCAGCCACAUGCACACACACGGCCUUAUGGCGAGCACUUGCGUCUGUGCCUGACUGACUGACCUUUGCAUAAAAAUGUCGAUGGGUCUGACAAGCUUGCCCUUAGCGGCCAGGGUCUGCUCGUCGCCCAUUUUCUGCAUCGUCCCGAUGAGGAACUCGUGAUUCAGAAACGGAAACGUGCUGAGCACCGCAACAAACACACACCACAAGAGAGACCGCAAAUUUCGCAUUAGUCGGUCGCAGGUAGGUUGUGUCACGUGUGUGAGCCACGUCGCAUCGCAGGUCACCAUGCGAUGCUGCGGUAUCGGUAGUAGACCACACCGGGUAUGUCCACUUGCAGAAGACCAUGCACCACUGCACACACGCACGCAGGCACGCACUCACGCCGUCAUCCCAGCCCCCUCCCUCCCCCACUGACCGCCGAGUUGGUUCCAUAUUUUGCCCUCCUGUGGGUACUGUCGCAGCGCCUCGGCGUAGAACACCCACGCCUCCCCCAGCGCCGUCAGCGGCCGCGCGUCGUCCUCAAUGUCGAGCGGCAAUAUCUCAUCCACUGAGGGCUUCUGACCUGCACCCCCUGUGGCAUGCAGGCACACAACGGAGGCAAUGGUUGAUUGUGGUGAUGGGAUGGGGUGUGUGUGUAGAGAGGGAUGGGUGUGUUGCUGUCACUAGGAGGGUGGCUGGAUAUCUGACUGACCUGCCUCUGCUGUUUGUUGGUAUAGUGAUGAGCAGUUGUCGAUGUGGACGGCCUGGUAGCGCUUGAUGUCGCCGUACUGGCUGUAGAGGUGACACAAACUGUGGCGGCUGCAACUCGACGAGGCGUCAUUGUCCUGUUCGUUCAGCCAGCCACACACAAUGGACGAAUGUGGAGCGCCCCAAUCCCUUCCUCCCUCGUUGCUCGCUCGCUCGCUCCCCCACUCACUCACCCGACCCACCUGCAGGCCUCCCAUGUCGGUGAGGUCAUUGGCCACAUUCUCCACCAGCUGCCUGUAGAAGUCAUUCGCCGUCUCCAGGAACUCACGCAGACGCUGCUUCGCCUUGCUGUAGCUCUGCUGGUACUGCACCAGCUUGCCGUCAUCCGCCUCCUCCUGCUGCUGCUGCUGCUGUUGGUGUUUGGCGAUAGCCUCCUUCCUCUGCUGAAUGUCGUCGAGCAUCUUCUUGAUGAACUUGUAGUGCUCGAGCCACAGCAGCAGCACCAGCUGCUUGGGCAGCACACGGCUCUCAGCCAAAGUGGCACGGACACGCCCUGCCAGCUUGUCACGGACAGCCCUCCCCCAGUUCUUGAGCCAGUCGCCACCACCACCUGCAGCAGCUGCUGCUGCUGCCGACGGUGCCGCCCCUGUUGCUGCCAGUUGCGCAGAGAAGGGAAUGGGGGCCGCGCCUAUGACGGCAGGAGGCUGUUGCUUUUGCUGCUGUGGCGGGUCGGUAGGGGCGCCAUCGUCCUGACCGCCUGUAGUGUGGUGUUGGAAAAGGCUGAAUAGCGUCUGGGAUUGGUCCUGCCGCUCGCGGCCGAAGAUGCCGUGGGAGGCGGAAGCACGACGGGUGUCAUGGUCUGCACGGGAUGAGGAUACAUCGACGUUGGGGUGGCCGUUGAUGGGCGAGGCGGACGUGUCGUGGCGCUGCCUGUCCGAUGAGUGGUGCGGAGGGACGUAGAGCUCUCGCUCUCCACGCCGGUUGGUGCGGUCCGUCAUGGUCUUGUUCAGCUCAGCUGGUUAUCUUGGUGGCCUUCCUUGUGGCUGUUGGCGGGAUCAAGGCAGGCUACCUGAUCACUGCCUGCUGUCUGCGGCGGCUGUGCUGCCGCCGGUGCGUCAAGGGACGAAGGGAGCGAUGUGACCAAGUGCACGAUGCCGUCAUUCUCCCUGCAUACAGACAGAGACCACCACACACGAGAAGAGGAGACCUCUGGCAGCGUUUGUGCAUCGUCGUGCUGAUGCCAUUUCUAGUUCUGACCUGUCGCUUCACGAGAGGGAGCAUCGUGCUAGGUCACAGAAACAUCAGAAAGCGCUAGCCCCUCAUCAGGCCGUCAUGAGCAGCAAAGGAACGCCAUCGCCGCGUGUAGGCGACCGACGAGGCCUGGCGAGCGCUGGUGCAUCGCUGGGAGGACGGGCACCAUUUGAUACAGCCUCCGGAAGUACUCACGCCCUUGGAGAAAGG